ACCUCUGAAAGUCCGCAUGGUUUAUGGUAGCUAGUUAACUCAUACAACGUUGUCAUUGAAGUCCUGGAGACAGACUACAAACAGGAGUAUAAUUCACAUUUGUAAUAAUAAUACUACCCAAACUUUUAAUCAUUGCGAUUAUGAGCUCUCAAAUUACUUGUGUUGGAUGGGUCAAGAGAGGGGUUUCAAAGGAAAUACCAGAUAAAGUGGAACUGAGCAAAGAGGAGCUCCAGCGUAUUAUAGCCGAGGCGAAGGAGGAAUUAAGUAAUGAGGAUGAUGAGGGUAUAUUAAAUGAGCAUGAGGAUACAGAAUCUCCAUCAUCUUCAGAAAUUAAGGGUGAUGGUGAAGUAAAUCAAGAUGAUGAUGAACUUGCUGAGUAUGACCUGGACAAAUAUGAUGAGCAAGACACAGGGACAGCUAACCUUGGGGACAGUUUGGCAGGCCUGUCUGUAUUUGGCAGUAAUGAUGAAGAUCCUUAUAUUACCAUUAAAGACACAGACCAGUAUGAGAGAGAGGAUUUCCAGAUUAAGGCCACUGAUAACCUCAUUCUAGCUGGCAAGGCUGACAAGGAUUGCUGCAACCUAGAGAUUUAUGUGUAUGACACUGAGGAAAACUCUAUGUAUGUCCACCAUGACGUCCUCCUGCCUGCUUAUCCGCUGAGUGUAGAGUGGCUGAACUUUGAUCCCAACCCUGAUGAAGGAGCAGGGAAUUAUGCAGCAAUAGGAAACAUGACUCCUGUUAUUGAUGUAUGGGACUUGGAUGUAGUGGACUGUCUAGAGCCUGUUUUUUCACUUGGCAGCAAGAAAACCAAGAAGAAAAAGCGCAAGGCUGCUGAGCCUAUAGAGGGUCACACUGAUGCUGUAUUGGAUCUGUCAUGGAAUAAGCUGGUCAGGAAUGUUUUGGGCAGCGCUUCAGCAGAUGAGACUGUAAUUCUUUGGGAUUUGGAGCAUGUCAAGCCAGCAACAACUCUAAGACUGCACACAGAUAAGGUCCAGACCCUGAAGUUCCAUCCAUUUGAAGCACAGACGCUCAUAUCUGGCUCUUAUGAUAAGUCUGCUAUACUGUAUGACUGCCGCAGUCCAGAAUCCAGCCACCGUAUCUGGCGAUUCAGUGGUCAGGUGGAGCGGGUGGUGUGGAAUCACUUCUCCCCCUGCAACUUCCUUGCAAGCACGGAGGAUGGCUUCAUCUACUGUUUGGAUGCCCGGUCAGACAAGUUGGUUUUCACACUAAAGGCGCAUGAUGGAGAGGUGUCAGGAAUGGACCUAAGCAGCCAAGUGAGUGGCUGUUUGGUUACAUCCUCUGCUGACAGACAUGUCAAGAUCUGGGACAUUUUGGGCAACAAACCCCACCUAGUUCACUCCAGAGAUAUGAAAAUGGGUGUGAUGUUCUGUGCAUCCUGCUGUCCUGACCUGCCAUUCUUGUAUGCAUUUGGAGGACAAAAGGAUGGAUUACGUGCAUGGGACAUCAGUGAAGUAGCUGCUGUGAUGGCAGUUUUUGGGCAACGUGAACGCUUGGUUGCUAACACAGUGCCUGGGGUGUCCACUAGAAGUGCAGCUGACAUGGAAGUCUCUUAGACUGCAAGAAGUUGUUUUCAUGUGUUGUGUGUUUGUUUGUUUCAUAUAGCCAGCCAGUUAUUGGCAUCAAGAAAAUAUUACAGAUACUUCUUUAAACACUGUUGGGAAUGACCAUUUUGUGUAUUUAUGAAAUGAUAAAGUACUAUUAAAGGAAGAACAUUUGUAUUCAAGAGAACAUCGGUUAUUAGGCUGUGCUAAUAAAAGAUUUUGCUUCA